CUCGGAUGUCAAGUGUAACGAUUUUGAGCUUUUUCUCGAUAUCAUCUAUCCCUGGUGAUGGUGUUUUGCUCUUCUCGAUGACCUAGAGUAACUUAUGCCGGUAGCCUUGUAGUGACUUCAGCAAGCAUGUCGCUGAAACAUUAGCCGAAUGGACUGUCAUACUCCACUUCUCCUCAACGUGGGGAGCUGCGACCAUUCGUACCCUCGCCAUUAGUAAGUGCUUUCCCCUUGCGCCCCCGGUGGACAAGAUCGUUUCAGGACGUCGUUACGGCAUCGAAGAUUGGCUGAAAGAAGCCUACAUAGCCGUAUGUCAGUAGGAGGAAUCACUGACGCUGCAGGAGGGGGAACGGCUCAAGGAAAUUGUUUCCGCCGUCGUCGAAGCAUUCCGUCUCGUCUGCAAGCCAGAGAGAAUGUUACACCCAUCGAGCCAGCCUGUGUCACAGGCGAAGACGGAUCCCGGGGUCAAUAGAAUACGAUGAAAGUCGGGAAUGGGCGAAAAGGCGCCACUUUUACAUCAUUCUCGUUGGGCUUCCCUUGUACAAAGCAACGAUCAAGUCCUGAGUAGCAUUCUUGUAGACGCAGAUGAGUUGCAGCAUCGUAAGUUCGACUCCGGAAGCAUCGGCCCUGG